AUGGUUCAAUCGAGAAUAUUUCUUAUUGUGAAAACAUUUGACAACAAAUAUCACCACCCAUCACUAUCACCACCACUCAACACCACCACCCCGACCCACCACCUAUCACAAUCACCACCACCCGCCGCCACCACCCCAUCACAACCACCACCCACCUCCACCACUCAUCACUACCACCCACCCACUAUUAUGACCACCACUCGCCAUAACCGCCAACUACCACCCAUUACCCAUCACCACAACCACCCGCCACCACCACCCCUACCCACCCACCACUACUACCUAUCACCACCACCACCCACCUCCACCACUCAUCAUCACCACCCACACCAACCACCCACCAAGUCAACCACUACCUACCACCAUCACCACCGACCACCAUCCCAACCAUCACCCAACAAAACCACCAUACACCACCACCACCCAUGA